CCUCGCCCUCGUCCUCUUCUCUCUCAAUAUAUUGUCUUGCCUUGUUUGCAUCUCAUACUUUCUCUCUCUAAGCGUUUCUCUCUCUACAAUUCUACAUAUUCAUCAUCCGUUUCUUCACUCCAUUUCAAAAACUUCUACUGUUCUUUUGCUAGCCGUAUUUUUCUUUUUAAAAUUUUUUGGUUUUUAGUUUAUUUUUUUUUCGUUUGUUUUGGACAUGAGGCGUUAGAAUUCAAAUGCGAUUACUAUUUCUUUCAAGCGGCGCCAGUGGAGUAGACUUCAGAUUCAAGUUUUGAGAUCUGCUGGUGUUUCAUUUUACAGGUCGCAUGGCCUCCAGCUUUUUUGAGUUUAGAGGAAGUGAAAGUUGUAGACAAUGUUGUCUCGUCUCUAAAUAAUUAUGGCAUCAAUAAGCUUGUCAACGGGCUAAGAGUUGGCUAUGAGAUGGUGUUAUAUUUUGCUCAUUCAUCAACAUGGAAGAGAGACAAGAUGAAGCAGGGCCUUCACAGCAGAGGCCUCCUGGUGCUACAUGGUGGUCGCCAGAUCUUGUUGAAAAAAUUGGAUCUGUGUCUUUAGACUCUAAAGAAAGAGAGAUUCUAAGGAAUAAAAAAUCAAUUAAUAAAGAUGAAUAUGAUUGCUCACCACAUCAGAUGGCGUCACAGAUCCUUUGGAGCACUGGAAUGCUUUCAGAAGCGAUUCCAAAUGGUUUCUAUUCAGUUGUUCCUGAGAAAAGGCUUAAGGAGCUUUUUGAAGAUAUUCCUACUCUUGAUGAGCUUCAGGCUUUGGAGCUUGAGGGUUUAAGAGCUGAUAUUAUACUUGUAGAUGUGGAGAAAGAUAAAAAAAUUUCCAUGCUAAAGCAACUAAUUGCUACCCUGGUUAAAGGUCUGAAUUCAAAUCCUGCGGCGACAAUAAAAAAGAUUGCUGGAUUGGUGUCUGACUUCUACAAACGACCAAUUGUGGAACUUAGUCCUGGAAAAGUUUCACUGGAAGAAACCUCUCAUGUUUCUGAAAAUAGAGGUGUUCAGAUGCUUGGACAAAUAAAGCAUGGUUCAUGCCGGCCUCGAGCAAUAUUAUUCAAAGUCCUUGCAGAUACAGUUGGCAUUGAGAGUAGGCUAAUGGUGGGUUUGCCUACUGAAGGAAAUUCAGAGUGUGUAGACUCAUACAAGCAUAUGUCUGUUCUAGUGGUUUUGAAUUCUGUGGAACUUUUGGUUGAUCUUAUGCGGUUCCCUGGCCAGCUUAUACCCCUAUCGACUAAAGCAAUUUAUAUGACUCAUAUAUCUGCUGCUGGGGAAAGUGACUCUGCAGAAAAUGAUUCCUGCGAUUCACCAUUAGAGCCAAAUAGUCCUCUUUAUGGGGUUUCGGAUAGAGCUGAUCCUGAGAGUACUGAUAAGGAUGAUUGCCCUCAAUACCAGAGGAGACUUGAAGCUUCUUCAAACACUGCUGAGCCUUCUUUGAGGAAUGCGAUGUUGCGCUCUUCUACUUUUGUUGAUAGAAAAUUAAGUUCAUAUCAUAGCGAACCUAAUAUUGCGGCUACCUUUUGGCGAAGGAGCAGGAGAAGGGUCAUUGCUGAACAAAGGACUGCUAGUUCAAGUCCAGAGCAUCCUUCAUCUCGUGCUCGUGGGCGCUCUAUGCUUAGCGGUGAUAACAGAACAUUUAGAGAUUAUUCUGAUGAUAUGGCUACAUCAAGCAACAGAUCCGAAGGUGCCUCAACAUCAGAGACUCGUAGAUUAAGACGAAGAAGCAUCAGUAUAACUCCAGAAAUUGGUGAUGAUAUUGUAAGGGCUGUUCGAGCAAUGAAUGAAACAUUGAAGCAGAAUCGCCUCUUAAAAGGACAAGGAGAAAAUAGGUCGGAUGUCCAGAAAGAUGUAUCUGAUUUUUACCUUGGUGACCAGGAUGAUUUAUCUGGUGGAAGAUCUUCCAUGUAUUCUUUUCAGAGAGAGCACAAUGAUUCUCAAAAGGCAAUGUCAUUACCUUCUUCUCCUCAUGAAUAUGGGAGUCAAACUCCUGAGAGGAGUGGGACAUCAAACUACAGGGUAAAUGAUGACAUGGUGUCAACAUGGAACAGAAUUCUUGGAUCGCCUAUGUUCCAGAAUAAACCUCUUUUACCUUUUGAAGAGUGGAACAUUGACUUCUCAGAACUAACAGUUGGCACUCGUGUUGGAAUUGGUUUUUUUGGAGAAGUUUUCCGUGGCAUUUGGAACGGAACUGAUGUUGCCAUCAAAGUUUUUCUGGAGCAAGAUCUGACUGCUGAAAACAUGGAGGACUUUUGCAAUGAGAUUUCCAUCCUAAGCCGCCUUCGGCACCCAAAUGUUAUAUUAUUUCUGGGUGCCUGCACAAAGCCCCCACAUUUAUCAAUGGUCACCGAAUACAUGGAGAUGGGGUCAUUGUAUUAUCUGAUUCAUUUAAGUGGUCAGAAGAAAAAACUCAGUUGGCGCAGGAGGCUAAAAAUGCUUCGUGACAUAUGCAGAGGGCUGAUGUGCAUACAUCGAAUGAAGAUUGUCCACCGCGAUUUGAAAAGUGCAAAUUGCCUUGUCAAUAAACACUGGACCGUCAAGAUCUGUGAUUUUGGGCUAUCAAGAAUAAUGACAGAUUCUCCCAUGGGGGACUCGUCAUCUGCAGGGACACCGGAGUGGAUGGCCCCGGAACUUGUUCGCAAUGAACCCUUCACCGAGAAAUGUGAUAUCUUCAGCCUUGGUGUUAUUAUGUGGGAGCUGUGCACUCUAGGUAGACCCUGGGAGGGCAUACCACCAGAGAGGGUGGUUUAUGCUGUUGCCAAUGAGGGAUCACGGUUGGAGAUUCCUGAAGGACCUCUUGGUAGGCUUAUUGCAGAUUGUUGGGCAGAGCCGCAUGAACGUCCUAGUUGCGAGGACAUUCUUACCCGCUUGCUCGACUGCGAGUAUUCAUUGUGCUAAUGCAAUCACUUUAAUUGUACAGAAACACAUAGUAGAGGUGUUACAAUAUAUUCGGCUCAAGCUCAAGUUGUAUUUUGUGUGGAUUUUCCAAUUUUAGGAAGCUAGUAUUUCAUUUCAUAACCAAAUUGAAAAAAAAAAAACAUUAAGCACUUUUUGUGCAAUUGGAAAAUUUUACCGUCAUACAAAUGAAAAGGAAAAAAAAAGGAGAAAAUGGAUCUCUUUUAUGAGAUUGGAGGAGGUCACAGAUUGCCU